AUGCGAGGCAAGGUAUUUGCCGUGACUGGUGCUGGAUCAGGAAUUGGAAGAGCCACAGCAGUGAGACUCGCAGAGCUUGGCGCCCGGGGGAUUGCAAUCAGUGACAUUGACGAGCUCGCGCUGGAAGAGACAAAAGUGCAAUGUCUGCAUGGGAGCAUUCAGGCCGUAGUGAAAGUCACGGUGAAAAAAGUUGACGUGGCCAAGAUUGAAGAGGUCAAUUCAUGGAUCAACGAGGUCAUGCAGGACCACGGCAAGCUUGACGGUGCCGCAAAUGUUGCUGGGCUCGCUGGUGGCAGUGGCCAAGAGACGGAGGAUAUCGUCCAACAAGACUGGGACAGAAUGAUCUCCGUCAAUCUUACAGGGGUAAUGAAUUGCAUGCGAGCUCAGCUGAAGCAGAUCUCACGACCUGGAGGCUCCAUCGUGAAUGUGUCCAGUACAUCGGGUCUUCGUGGACUAGCAAAGAACGCAGGCUACGCCUCUAGUAAAUUCGGUGUCAUCGGAUUGACAGAGUCAGCCGCUCAUGAAUAUGGCAGACACGGCAUCAGAGUUAAUGCGCUUCUGCCUCUGACCAGAGGUCCGAUUGAUACCAAGAUCUUCCGGGAUGGCGAAGCGAAAGGGCUCUUCGACGCUAAGAUAAUAAGCGCAGGCACUUUGAUGGGUCGUAUGGGUACAGCUGAUGAAGUGGCGAAGGUAUUGGUGUUUCUGCUGAGUGAUGAUGCAUCAUUUGUGACAGGAGCACGGUGGACUGUGGAUGGAGGCUACUCUGCCUGUGGCUUCUAUAGUGCUGGAUAA